AUGGCCAUCACGCCUUCGAAGCCAAUCUUCUGCGCGACCCACCCCAGGGCCUGCUCUACAGCCUUUGAGAGAGUGUUUAUGAGCCGCCGGGACAAGCUGGCGUGUGUACAUGAGCCUUUUGGCGAUGCGUUCUAUUAUGGCCCUGAGCGGACUGGUGAGCGUUUUGAGAACGACGCUGAGGGCAGAGAGAAGUCUGGCUUCGCCGAGACGACGUAUGCCGAUGUUCUGAGGCAAAUCGAGGAGGCCGGCAAAGAUAAGCGCGCCUUCAUCAAGGACAUGGCUUACUACAUCAUCCCGCCCAACCAGCAAAAAGCCUCCAUUGUCCCGUCCGCCGGCAACACGGCCGAGCCCACCAACCCCACCGUCCUGCCCUUGAGCAUCCUCCGCAAGUUCCAGUGGACGUUCCUGAUCCGCCACCCGCGCCGCUCCAUCCCCUCGUACUACCGCUGCACCCAGCCGCCCCUGGACGCCGUGACGGGCUGGACAAACUUCAACCCGUCCGAGGCCGGUUACGAAGAGCUCCGCCGUCUCUUUGAUUACCUCAUUCGCGAGCGCAUCGUAGACGAGAAGGACUUGUUGGUCGUCGACGCUGAUGACAUGCUUGACGACCCCGAGGCCGUCAUCCGCGCCUACUGUGCCCACGUUGGCCUCGACUUCACCGACAACAUGCUUAACUGGACCGAUGAGGAUACCAAGGUCGCCCAGGAGAAGUUUGCAAAGUGGAACGGCUGGCACGAUGAUGCCAUUGGCAGCACGUCGCUCAAGCCGCGCGACAAGAAGCAUGUUAUCACCCGUGAGUCCGAAGAGGCUGAAUGGCUCAAGAAGUACGGCGAGAAGGGUCUCAAGGAGAUCCGCGAGUGCGUCGAUGCCAACGUCAAGGAUUACGAGUACCUCAAGAAGUUUGCCAUCCAGAUCUGA